GACGAGACACCACAACCUCUCAAUCUUUCUCGCUCUCGCUCUCUUGCUUCCUCACUCUACUGGUGUCAAGAACUGCAACCAUGGGCGAGCGACAGGGCGAAGUCAUCUCCAUCAAGGAGGGUCCCGAGCUGGGAGAGACAGGUCGUCCUCAAGUCCCAGCAAAGCGUCUCAAUGGCGACUACCCACUCAUCGACAGUGACCCUCAUUUCAAGCGCGUUAUCGGCUAUGCCCGCCCCACGGACUACGCCGGCGCCGCAGGAGUCACCGCCGCAGGCCCCGCCCUCAUGUACUGGUUCGAGCGCAUUUCCCCCUCCGAAGUAGGCCGGGGCGGUUUCGCGCAAAUUAUGCGUCUCCAAGGCGCCAUCGGAUUCGUUGCAGGCUUCUUCUAUCUCUACUCCUCCUCACUCAACCGCUUCUACGGUUUCUCGGAAAACCGGAGGGAAAUCGAAAUGGACAUGAGAGAAAUGACGGAAAAGGUCAAGAGAGGGGAACCGUUGUACGGACAGACGACUUUGACCGAAUAUAUGCAAGGAGCUGCUGCCCGACAAUCGAGAUAUUCGGGCGUGUUUUUGCAUGUCAUGCCGUGGUUCAACUUUGUCAAUCAUAACCAGCAUGGUGUGGACACGGCCAAGUACUACCGGAAUGCAGAGUGGGAGUUGGAGCAGGAGAGGCAGGGGAAGAGCUUGACCGAGACGGUCAAGGAGAAGUAUGAGCUGGCGAAGGAGAAGGUUGGGGCCAAGUGAGGUGGGAUCAGUCAGACUUGUUGAAAAAACCCGGGGACUGGCUUCUUUAUUCCCGCUCUGUAUGUUACAGAUUCGCUUCAGCGACAGCCAGGAGCUAUCACUUGGGGCGGUGCAGAGCAGAGCAGGAAAGGAAAUGGAAUGACACAUAUAUCUACAGCUUUCAGCCAAUUUCCUACUAUCGCAGACAGCGAGUACGGCUAGGUAUAUUCGUGAGCAUUCUGCUGACAUAAGGAGUUAUAGCUUUGCAGCUCCGAAAUAUAAAGAACCAAGAAAGUGACUGGAGUGGUUGAUCCAAAAAGCUGAUCAGACUGAGAGAGUGAUACAACCGAAGC